UGGAAGCGCCUGCUUGCUUCUUUAAGUAUACUCGUAUGAGCUACACAACCACGACUCACCUCUUCUUUUAAAGAUGUGGACAGAAGUCGGGAAGCUAAUGCUCUUACAUUUGUUGCUAAUGGAGCUCCACUCCACCCAAGGAACUCAUACUGAUACGAAUUGCGAAACGGGUCAGUUUCAAUGCAAGAACGGAAGGUGCAUACCGACUCUCUGGAGAUGUGACGAGGACGAUGACUGCUCUGACAACAGCGAUGAAGAAAACUGUCCAAAGAAGACAUGUGCCACCACAGACUUUGCGUGUGAGAACGGCCAGUGUGUUCCCCAGCGGUGGCGCUGUGACGGAGAGCCUGAGUGUGCCGACGGAUCAGACGAGGCCAACGCCACAUGCAGUCGACAGAUGUGCCCACCUGAGAAGUUUGACUGCGGGGAUUCGGCCAGCAAGUGCAUCUCAUCGUCAUGGCGAUGUGACGGGGAGAGGGACUGUGAGAACGGGGCAGACGAGGACCAGUGUUCCGCAGACACCAAGGCCUGCCCCGCCAAGGACUUCCAGUGCCGCAACAGGAAAUGCGUGGCGCCCGUCUUUGUGUGCGACGGCGACGACGACUGCGGGGAUGGCAGUGAUGAGGAGAAGUGUUCCACCCCCACGUGCAGCCCCCAUGAGUUCCGCUGUAACGACUCGGAGUGCAUCCCGAACCUGUGGAGCUGCGACGGGGACCCGGACUGCGGGGAUAAGUCUGACGAGUCUGUGGAGCGCUGUAGUCGCCGGACGGAGCCCCAGAAGCCCCGGUGCCCCGAGGGGGAGUUCCAGUGUGGCAGUGGAGAGUGUGUCCACCUCAACUGGAAAUGUGACGGAGACGCAGACUGCAAGGACAAGUCGGAUGAGGCUGGCUGCGCUCUGCUGACCUGCCGUCCAGAUGAGUUCCAGUGUGGUGAUGGAUCCUGUAUUCAUGGCAGCAAACAGUGUAACGGGGUUCGUGACUGUCCUGACUUCAGCGAUGAGGCUGGCUGUAUCAACGCCACUAAGUGUGAUGGCCCCAGGAAGUUUAUGUGCAAGAAUGGAGAGUGUAUCGACAGCAGCAAGGUGUGUGAUGCCAUCGAAGACUGCAAGGACUGGUCAGACGAACCUAUGAAGGAGUGCGGUGUGAAUGAGUGCGCAGACAACAAUGGAGGCUGCUCUCACGUCUGCAGAGACCGGAGGAUCGGCUAUGAGUGUGACUGUCCCGCUGGAUACAAACUAAUGGACAAGAAGACCUGUGGAGACAUAGACGAGUGUGAGAACCCUGACGCCUGUGGCCAGAUCUGCGUCAACUACAAAGGAGACUACAAGUGUGAAUGUUACGAGGGCUAUGAGAUGGACCCCAGCACCAAAACCUGCAAGGCCGUGGGGAAGAGCCCGUACCUGAUGUUCACCAACCGUCACGAGAUCCGUCGUAUUGACCUAGUGAAGAAAGACUACACCCAGGUGGUCCCCACGCUGAAGAACGCUGUAGCCCUGGAUGUGGAUGUCACCACCAACAAGAUGUACUGGUGUGACCUCUACCACCGCAAGAUCUACAGUGCAUACAUCAACAAGGCCAGUGAUUUGUCGGAGCAGGUGACUCUGAUCGAGACAGCUCUAACCGCUCCAGAGGGCUUGGCAGUAGACUGGGUUCACAAGAACAUCUACUGGACCGACUCCGGAGACAAGACCAUCUCUGUUGCCACUGGAGACGGCAAGAAGAGGAGGAUCCUGAUCGCCACGGAGCUGAGCGAACCGCGUGCUAUCGCUGUGGACCCCCGACAUGGGUUUAUGUACUGGUCUGACUGGGGGACCCAGGCUAAGAUAGAGAAGGCUGGCAUGAACGGAGUGGACCGCCAGGUACUAGUGUCAGAGAGGAUUGAAUGGCCCAAUGGCAUCACUCUGGACCUAUCUAACAGGCGUCUCUACUGGGUGGACUCUAAGCUGCACCUGCUCUCCAGCAUUGACCUAAACGGUGACAACCGCAAAGUGCUGCUGAGCUCCCAGAACCACCUGGGGCAUCCCUUCGCACUCACUGUCUUCGAGGACCGUGUGUACUGGACAGACCUGGAGGAUGAGGCGAUCUACAGCGCUAACAGGCUAACAGGCCACGACGUGGCUACGCUAGCCGAACACCUCAACAACCCUCUGGACGUAGUGGUGUUUCACGAACUACGGCAACCCAGAGCUCCAGACAGCUGUAACAUGGGCAGUCUACCUAACGGGGGCUGUCAGUACCUGUGUCUCAAAGCCCCGCAGAUCACAGACCACUCCCCCAAGUACACCUGCGCCUGCCCCGAUGACAUGGAGCUCGGGCCCGACAUGAGGCGCUGUGUCACAGUCAAACCCAAGACAACCACAGCAGCUCCUACCACAACCACCACUACUUCCACCCCAGCUCCGACUACAACCACUACUACAACCACAGCUACUUCUACAACCACGACUCCAACCAAUACAGCCACAGCUGCUCCUACAACCACCUCCACAACUGCGCGACCACAUACGGCCAAAACCACACACCAGCCCAGCACCACGCGGUCGACCACAGCUUCUACAACGUCCCCCCCUCCUCCUCCCCCCAGGACCACAGCUUCAUGGAGGACACCCCCCUCCACCUCCUCAUCCACCACCACGUUGCCUGCAACCUCCACCCCUGGUCCCCGCUCCACCUCCACACACAGCCCCCCUCUACCCCCGAACAACAUUCAGAGAGAGAACGCUAACCUCUCCCACCGCUCUGGGAAUGAACACUACCUUCUGGGUAACAACAUAACAGUGGCGAUCCUGGGUAUAGUGAUCCCUGUAGUUCCUAUCCUUGCCACAGUGGUCAUCGGCCUGCUCUGCACCGCCGGCUUCCUGGUCUGGCGUAACUGGCGCCGGAAGAACACCAAGAGUAUGAACUUCGACAACCCUGUCUACCGCAAGACCACGGAGGACGACGAUGACGAGAUUCACAUCGGCCGUACGGGAGAGUCCAUCGGUCACGUCUACCCCGCUGUGAGUGGCAGCGCCCACCAGCCAUUCAUAGCCCUGCCCCUGGGGGGCGGGAUCACAGACAGCAACUCCCAUUGGUACUCUGGGGCACCCGUGCACCCUGCCGGCAAAUGAGUUGAGAGUGGGUGGGACUUGGAAGCAGAGAGAGGGUUUUGGGUGUGUGGGUCGGCGGAUGUCUCCUUAGGUCUGUGGAAGAAAGGGAGAGGCUUACAUCCUCACACACACAAACACACACACUUAAGUCACAAAAUCAUUCCAAACCCACCCUUGGUCAAAAACACUCCCAUUGACGUUGAGCCCUUCAUCACCAGUCUACCACCACAUUAUCACUCCCUCCAUUCACCACUUGACAGUGUGUGUUAGUGUGCUAUCGUUGUGCGUUAGGGAAGCACAGCGCUCGGUGUUUUGAGCUUUAUCUUCUCACCUCGGAAGACAUAGGCUGUUUCCCAAGUGACACCCCAUUCCCUAUAUAGUGCACUGCAUUUGAUCAGAGCCCUAUGGGCCUAUAUAGGGAAUAGGGUGCCAUUUGAGAUUCAGACUUAGUGAAGGGAGAAUCCAUUCCCUGGUUUUAUUCCUUUGUAGUGUAAAUUAGGGGAACAAAAACCAGGACAGAAAUUGCACCUUAGACGAUGGGACAAUCUUUAAUCAUAUUAAUUUAUUCCAGAUUAUUCCAGUUUUAUAUGUAUUUCUCUAUGUAAAUAAGUGUUUUGUUUUUCUAGCAAUGUAUUUGUAAGGGAUCUUAGAUACAGACGAGCUGGUAAACAUGAACAUGGACCAGAGCAGACAAAGACAAAGAGGUGGGAUGGGUUAGCGCUAGGACCAGUUGGCAUGGUGACACGUGUGGCUGUGGUGGCACCGCGUGGUAGAGACAGCGGGAGAUGGGCGUAGGUGACAGGUUAUACACACAGACACACACACACACACACACACAGUUGCUAUGCUACAGUGUUGUGCUGAGAGGCCAUGCUGAAAACCUGCUCCCCUUCAGAGUGCGUAGUGAGGAACAAGCUUACACCUAUGCUUUUGCUCUUCUCCUCCACUGCUCCUCUCCUUUACCGUACUGUAUGUUAGCUGGAUGGCGUGUCAGUCAAAUAGAGACGCCAAUGUGGCCUGAGGUGGAUCAGGCGUCCCUCUCUGUAAGCGCAUGCAGCUCUCCUCACGUCACGGCCAAAUCAGUGUGCGGGGGAUCGAGGGACGAGGAGGAAAAGGAGUAUGGGAUCUGCAAGGAGAGCUUCUCUUCUCUCUCUCCUGCUCUGUCGCUCAGAUUUCUCUUUCGUCUGUUGCUCUUUUUUUCACCAACAAAAGAAUUCCACUGCCUUUUCUUCUAUUUAGCCUUCUGGCCUCUCACUCCUCUCUCUGUCUCUCUCUCUCUCUCUCUCUCUCUCUCUCUCUCCCUUUUUAGCUGACCUUUUCACACUCGCACCCCCAGACACACACCCAGACACACACCCAGACACAGUGUGGUAACAUUGUUUUAUCUGCUCUCUGCAGCGCGUGGCGCUCAGUCUGGAGGAUGACGGAUUCCCCUGAGGGGCACGCCAUGUCCCCAUCCACGUCCUCCCCCCUCCGUAUCCCGGGGCGACCACACUGCAGAGGAGAGGGGCACAGAGAGAGAGAGAGAGAGAAAGAGAGUCUGCUCGUACCGUACUGUAUCGUACACCCCCCCAUGGACAGGGGGAGGGGGGUUAUCUUUUACUUAUACGUGUACCCCUCAACCCGUGUCACUAAAACACGUCCCUCUCUCUCUCUCUCUCUUACUCCUAACUAAAAAUGAACUACUACAUUACUACUACUACCACUACUACUAGCUACUACUGUGCUGUCCUCUGCCCUUCUCUCAGCCCCCAUUAGUUAGUAAGUUACUGUAGUUACCAGUAGUGGUGAAUGCUGCUGUCUGUCUUAAUGAUGAUUAACAUCGUUGCCCAUCAGAGCACAUAAAUAGAUGCGGGCUGGACCUCCCUGAGCACCUUGCUGUAGUCUACUUUGCCAGGAACAGAGGAAAGGCCAGCUGUGUUUUAAUUAUUAUUUUGUGUUUGAAUUUUAUUUAUUGUUUGUGUUUUGCUGGUGUAAAUAUGAUAAGCCGGACCAGGCCUGUGCCA